GAGGGAGCAACCUUGGCGCUGCCGGGAGACCCGCCCCUGCCGCUCCAGCCGCACUCGCGGGCGCUGCUGGUGGAUGGCCAGGGGGGAGUCCCGCGACCAACGCGCUGCGGGUCCCUGUCUCAACCCCGAUCCCUCUGCGAGCGCCUCUGUGACCCGGCGAGCCUGUGUGCACUCUCUGCCGGUGGUUGUCCCGAGGGCGGCGGGGACAUAGGCAUCAUUCGGGAGGCGAGCUGGCAGGGCACUUUUGCUCCUGGGCAAGCCCGAAGACGCUGGCCCCGGGACCCUAGACGGGUCUUCGCCCGACUCUUCUUGGCCCUUCCUGCCCACACCCUCUGCCUGGGGCCCACUCUCUUCACGUCGGCUCCCCACCCCUCUAGGGAGCCUAGGUGGUGUCCCUGGGCUCCACCCGGUCCCUCACGGGACCUCUUCCCCGCUACACCCUUCCCCCACCCUGGAGUCCCGGCUGGACGCGACCCAGAGCUGCCACUGCCCGCUUCUGCCACUCAAUGGAGGACAGUCUGCUGGAGAUCAUGACCAAGGACGGCGGCGACAUGCCGGCGCCUCUGGAGGUGUCCACAGUGCCAGCCGUGGGGGACGUGAUCUCUGGGGAGUAUAACGGUGGCAUGAAGGAACUGAUGGAACACCUGAAGGCCCAGCUGCAGGCCCUGUUUGAGGACGUGAGGGCCAUGAGAGGGGCACUGGAUGAACAGGCCUCGCACAUCCAGGUUCUGUCGGACGACGUGUGCGCCAACCAGCGGGCCAUAGUCUCCAUGUGCCAGAUUAUGACCACCGCGCCCCGCCAAGGAGGCUUGGGCGUGGCCGGAGGCAAGGAGAGCUUUCCGAGUGCUCCCCACGAGCAGGAGACACCUUCACCUGGGAUCGGAGAAGGCGGCUUGCUGGGUCCCGAUCCUGGUGAGGAGGACGAGGACGAAGAGGAGAAAGAGAUGCCCAGCCCCACCACACCCACCAGUCACCUCGAGCGAUCUGAGAGCCCUUGUGCUGGUCUCCUUGGGGAGGACGGACCACUUGUGGAACCCCUGGACCUGCCUGACAUUACCCUGCUGCAGCUGGAGGGCGAAGCCUCUCUGUGAGGGGGACCCCCACCGGGGCACCAACUACUCGGGCUGGCUUUGGGUUUCCAAGUGCUUCACGCGAGGGGACUGAACAGUGCGGUGCAGUGUUCUUCACUCCAAAUGUGGUUCUUAUAGGUCAGGGAGAGAGACUCCCUCAAAGAAGGAUUUGUAGGGUGAAGGACUUUGGAAGCAUCGCGAAUUCUAUCCAACCAUGCAUCAUAACAAACUGAAGAAAGGUGAGGUUCCCUGGGAGGAAGUGUCCAUCUCUGGACUCCCAUCCAUCCCCUUACCGUGCCCUUUUCCCUCUUCCCAGGAAACAGGAGGACCAUUGAAUCAUGUAAAUAAAAUUCUGCUUUUUCUAUACUGAAAAAGGACUCAUCUAGGACUUUGGCAAAUGAUCUCUAUUUACCUAGAAAUUAAGGAGUUGGGGUACUCUGUUCUGGCAACAGGAAAUGUACCCCUUUGCUGAAAUCCCAAGAUAGACAGUGCUCUGCAGCAGCCUCUCCCCCUCACAGAUCUCUGCGGCUGCUGACUGGUAAAAGGGAGCUUCAGGAGGCAGCUGCAGCCCCAGGAAUCUGGGUGCAUGGGGUUCCAAGGGCCCCUGGGCUGGGAGGAGCUGGCUAUGAACGUGCACGAAGACACAGUAGUUCAAGCUCUGGCAUUUCCCAUGCAGAGCUGGACCCUGCCCUGUCACCGAUUUCAUCUGGGCUUGCUUUUUCCACUCACCUGGGCCGAGAAAACAAAGUGCCCAGUUCACAGGCAGAGACUUGGGGCUGUUCAGCAACGGCCCAGAUUUAGGGGAUGUGUGAGGACCUCUUGG